CAUCAAUAGAUGCCGUUAUGUCUCUAAACAAUUACUAUUACAUUCAUUGUCCACUUGUUUCAACAAUUUAAGAGAAGGAUCUCAAUACUCCAUAUUUGUAAACACAAGAACCAGAAGAGAAUUCAGACAUGGAAACACAAGGCAAGAAGGUUCAGAAAAGACUAGUGCUAGUACCAUUUCCAUUCCAGGGUCACAUGACUCCAAUGUUACAGCUAGGAGCAGCCCUGGAGCAGAAAGGCCUGUCUGUGACAAUUGCUCACACCUGUCACAAUGCUCCUGAUCCUUCUCAGUAUCCUCGGUUCGAGUUUCGUCCCCUCGCGGAUAAUUUAACCAGCCUUGAUACACCGAAAAAUAUUGGAGUUCUUAAUUUUAUAAAGAAAAUUAAUACGAAUUGUGAGGCACAGUUGCAGGAGUUUUUGGUUCAGAAGAUUGAACAAGAACAGGAGGGGGCUUAUGGUCAGGUUGUGGGGAUCAUUUACGAUACGCUCAUGUUUUGUGCUGAGGCUGUGGCUGAUAAGCUCAAGAUUCCUAGUAUGGUGAUUCGGACAAGCUUUUCUACGUAUGUUCUUGCUACAAUUGCCAUGCCGCGCCUCCAGGCAGAAGGCUACUUCCCUUUGCAAGAUUCAAUGUUGGAGGAGCUAGUGCCAGAGCUUUACCCUCUGCGAUUCAAAGAUCUACCAUUUUCCGGAGGAAAUAUAGAGGAAACAUUAGCACUAUAUGCAAUCACAUCUAACUUGAGAAGUUCUUCAGCCAUCAUUUGGAAUACUGUUGAUUUUCUUGAGCAUUUGUCACUCCCCAGGCUUCAACAGCAUUACAAAGUUCCAUUUUUCACAGUAGGCCCUUUGCACAAAACAUCGUCGAUGUCCUCAUCGACUAGCUUACUAGAAGAAGAUAAAACCUGCAUGGAAUGGCUAGACAAACAGGCUACAAACUCUGUGAUUUAUGUAAGUUUAGGAAGUCUAGUUUUAAUUGACGCGGAAGAGCUGACAGAAACAGCCUGGGGAUUAGCCAACAGUGGUCACCCCUUCUUAUGGGUGAUUCGGCCAGGCUCAGUCAUUGGUUCAGAAUGGCUUGAGCUAUUACCAGAAGGGUUCAUAGAAAAUGUUGGAGAAAGAUGUCAUAUAGUGAAAUGGGCACCUCAGAAGCUCGUGUUGGCGCAUAAGGCAGUGGGAGGAUUUUGGAGUCAUUGUGGUUGGAAUUCGACAUUGGAGAGUCUAUGUGAAGGGAAACCAAUGAUGUGCAGACCCUUUUAUGUAGACCAACCGGUUGUUUCAAGGUUUAUCAGUUAUGUUUGGAAGAUAGGCUUGGAAUUGGAGACGAAAUUCGAUAGAAGGAACGUGGAAAGUACGAUAAGAAGACUAUUUGGAGGAAAAGAAGGUGAAGAAAUGAGGGAAAGAGCCAUUGAAAUCAAGGAAAAGAUAGAGAGUUGUAUGUCUGCAGGUGGUUCUUCAUUCAAUUCCCUCAACAAUUUGGUAGACUUCUUUCUAUGUGAACCAACUGAUCGUUUUUGGAUUUUGAAAAUCUUUUCUGGAGGUCCUGAGGACACUCACUCUGAGCAUAGUGCUGUCAGCCCACGAGUCUUAUCUUCUUGCACGGCAAGUAUCUACACAUGCGAGAGCCUCUAUAUAAACAUCACAAGCACAGCUCAGUCAAAAACACAAACACAAACACAAUCACAAAUGGAGAAUCAAAUCCUACCAAAACGCCCUUAUGUAGUAAUCGCCCCAUUCCCAUUCCAAGGCCAUAUAAGUCCAAUGCUCCAGCUAGCCACUGCUCUGCAUUCCAGAGGCUUUUCGAUCAUUAUAGCACACACCAUCUUCAAUUCUCCCACCCCUUCUAAUCACCCUGACUUUACCUUCUUACCUAUACCUGAUAACCUUCCUGAUCAUCCCGAUACCUCCAUCGAAAAGCGGUUGGAUCUUGUAAAGACUAUUAAUACCAACUGUCAAGAGCCGCUUCGCGAAAGCCUGGCUCAGUUCAUCACACAAGGGGAUGGUAAUGAUCGAGUUGCAUGCAUCAUCUAUGACACAAUCAUGUACUGUUCUGAAGCUGUGGCUCAUCAUUUCAAGAUUCCGUGUAUCAACUUUCGUACUGUUCCGGCUUCUGUUGCUUUACUAUAUGAUUCCCUACCGAUGCUUGCAGCACAAGGGCACAUUCCUUAUCCAAAUUCCAAGUUGGAGGACCUGGUGCCCGGAUUUCCUGCUCUCAGGUUCAAGGAUAUAUCAACAUCUGAUUUGGGUAGUUUCAAAGAUGUACUAGAGGACAGAAUUUUCACAAAUGCAUCGAGCAAAUAUUCGGCCAAUAUCUGGAACACUGUCGACCAUCUUGAGCAAACAGAACUGACUCUGUUCCAGAAGAGAUAUCCGCUUCCAUUUUUCUCAGUAGGCCCUUUGCAUAUGAUUGCCCCGAGUUCAUCGACUAGCUUACGGGAGGCAGACUCCACUUGCAUCUCAUGGCUUGAUAAGCAAGCCCCUCAUUCAGUUAUCUAUGUAAGUGUAGGGAGUCUAGCAGUAUUGGAAAAGAAAGUGAUCCAUGAGAUGGCCUGGGGUCUGGCAAACAGUAAGCAGCCGUUCUUGUGGGUGAUCAGAACAGACUUGGCUAGUGAAUCAGAAUGCAAUCUGUUGCCUGAUGAAUUUAUCCAGUCAGUUGGAGAAAGAGGGUGCAUUGUUAAAUGGGCACCCCAAAGCGAGGUGCUGGCACAUAGCGCGGUGGGAGGCUUUUGGAGUCACUGUGGUUGGAAUUCGACCUUAGAAAGUUUGAGCCAGGGAGUCCCCAUGAUUUGCCAGCCUUGUAACGGAGAUCAAUACAUAAAUGCUAGGUACUUGAGUCAUGUGUGGAAGCUUGGACUGCAUUUUGAGAAUGCAUUAGAGAAAGAGCCUAUCAAGCAAGCUAUAUUAAGACUUAUGGUCGACCAAGAGGGAAAAGAAUUAAGGCAGAACGCAAUUAGGAUGAAGGAAAAUAUUAGGGUCAGUGUGAGUAAGGGAGGUUCUUCAUACGAGUCGAUGAAUGCUUUAGCAGAGCUUAUCCUGUCAUAUUGAUUGACAAAUUAGCAGCAGGACCAGGUUCAGCAACUCAAGUUUCAAUAUCCUAAUUAAAUUUUUAAAGAGUCA